GCUUGCGGGGAGGUACUGACUUACGGAAGGUUGUCAAUCUCUGCAGAGACAUAGGUACCUACCUACCUACCUACCUAACCUACCUAAUCCAAUCCAUCCCAUCCCAUCCCAUCGGUCAUGACACCAUCGGCUGCAAGCUCAUCUCGCUACCACACCAUAGCUCAUCUCAUCUCUCCAGGUUUCGAGCUGUCUGUCUACCCACGAAUUCCACCUCCCCUCUCCUGUCGAGGGCCGCAUCCACGAGAGCUUCGUCUCGGUCGAGUCUCGCCUGCUCUCGGCCGCCGUCUCCCUCUCAUCCCUCGCUUGAAAGACCCUCCCGUCGGAGCCCUCGGCGGGGACGGCGACGACGACGGCGACGGCGACGCCGCCGCCUCGCUUUCCGAGCUCUGCGUAAGCCGCAAGCGCCAGAGCGCCUCGCACGGCUAUUGUUGGCCGCUGUCCGAUCCAUGUCUUGUCUCUGUUCUCUCCCGCGCCAGGGGAACAUGUUAUCGUCCGUAUCAGUUAGCGCGUUGCAGUAAGAAGCGAGGGACAACCCGCGAUUCGGGGCUCGAGUGGGCCGACGAAGCCCUGAAAUCAUUCGUCUCGUCCGCUGGGCCUAUAAUACCGACCACAGUCAGCGAUGGUAAUCUGGAGAUGUUUACACGUCCGUGGCGACCUAUGAUAUCCUUCACCCUCCCCGAACCCUGGCUGUUGCAGCGAGCCCCGCCGGUUCCCCGGUAUUGAUUCAUGUUCAUCCAUCGUCUCUCUCUUGGUCUGCCUUCUCUCAACCUUCUCUGCCCAAUUCCUACCCUAGCCGGCUUAUAUACCCUCCCUUAUACCCUGCCUUGCCUAUCUACGUACAUACAUACAUACCUACGUACAUCCAUCCAUACAUAGCAUACCGCCCCGGCUCGCCCAUCACCGGCUUAAGUCGAAAUACAUACAUUUCUUGUAAGAUUACGA